AUGGUGAACCAGCGCAGCAAGUCCGGCUGCUGGACCUGCCGGCUACGGCGCAAAAAGUGUCCCGAGGACGGCAUGCCGUGCUCCAACUGCAAGGCGCGCGGCGUCGUCUGCCACGGCUACGGCCCACGUCCGGCCUGGAAAGACCGCGGGCAGCGCGAGCAGGAGGAGGUCGACCGGCUCCAGCUCCGGCGCCGGUCGCAGCAGACGCGCUGGCACGCGCAGCAGCUCUUCCAGCAGCAGCAUCCGGAGCGUCCCCCUUACGCGGCGCAGGAAGCGUCCCAGGCGACGCCGGCGCACGACGACGACGACGUCUGCUUGUCGCCCUCGCUCGCUUUAGCCUCCCCCGACGAGACGGCGCUGGGGCCGUCGCCGCCGCCGUCGACGGACGCGCGCGAGGAGAGCGCCGACGAGUACGACUUCUCCGCCAUGCUGGAUCUGCAGCUCAGCCUGCCCAGCCUGCACACGCCGCCGUCCGUCAUGUCGGGGCUGUGGGCGAGCGGCGUCGACGGGCUGUUGGUGUCGACGCCGGCCCUGUUCGACGCCUCGUCGGCGACGACGCUCAACAGCCAGGGCUCGGGCUCGCAGGGGGACGCCGCGUACUCGGCGCUGCCGGCGGCGGCACUCGGCGCCGCCGCCGCCUCCUUGCACAUCAGCGCGCUGCAGGAGCGCGAGAUUGAGCUCAUGAUGCAGUUUCUCGGACACGACUUUGGCAGGCUGCACCCCCGCGCGCAGGCCUGGUCCAUGACGGACAAGGCCUGGCUGCUGUGGCUCCUGCAUCGGUCGCCGACCUUCUUCUACACGGCGCUCAGCACGAGCGCCUACUUUGCGUUCCUCCAGACGCCGCCGCACGACGGCCGGCGCACCGAGCAUUUUCGCGAGUACGACCACUUCCGGAACAGAGCCAUGGAGCGCUACUGCCAGCUCCUCGACGCCGGCUGCCGGGGGGGCGUGCAGGGGGGGUCGGUCGGCUGGCAGACGCGCGAGACGGUGAUAUGCAGCGUGCAGCUGGCCAUGCUCGAGGCCCUGAGUGAGAACUUGAACGCCACUCUGACAUAUCUGGACUCGGCCUCGGACGCGCUGGCUAAGUGCUCCGAGGACCUCGUGUACAUGGGUGAGCUCUCGCCGACCAAGCCGGCCGCUGUCCCCGCGGCCUCCCGCAUGGAGCGUCGAACCGUCGAGUUCUUCACCUACAGCUUGAUCCGGGUGCAUGUCCUGCACUGCUCGUCCUGCCACGCCAUGCCCGCCGCCGCGAGCCUCUACCGCCGUCUGCUUUCCUCGGGCCUGUCGGGCGACUCGUUUUUUCACGUCGCCGGCUUCCAGGCGUGGGCGCUCGUUGCGCUGCUCGACGCCGUCGGCGCCGCGCUCUGGAAGCAGGAGCAGGAGGCCCAGAACCGGCUGAGCAUGCGAGAGCUGGUCGGCAAAGCCGACGACAUGCUGUCCAACAUUGAGCGUCAAAUUCAAGGGGCCAGCGAUGCCCAGACGCUCAUCUUCGCGUAUGGUGUCUGCAUCUACAUCCAUACCCUCACGUCCGGAUGUCGCCCGGCGGUGCCAGAGAUACACGACACGCUCGAACGGUCUGUGCCGCUGUGGGAGGCGUCCUCAUUUGGCCACGGAGAGCUCAGGUCCAUGUCGUGGGCCUUUUGCGUCUCUGCAAGCUUGGCUACGGGCCAUCACCGCGCCGCGUUUUCCAACGUCUUGGCCGAGGCUGCCAUGGUAGACCCUUCCUCGACCACAGUAGCCUGCCUGAGAGCGCUGAGCGAAGAGUGCUGGAAGAUUCUGGACGGCGGAGGUGCGGACUGCAAUUGGAGGUUGGUGAUGCAGCACUUGAAGCCGAGUAUAUGGACAAUCUUUAUAUAG